AUGGCCGACGAUUUCGCUCCCCCGUCGGGUCCCCCGCCUCCCAAGGCCCCCGAGGUUCCUCCCGGCUGGAUCGCUAGAUGGAACGACCAGUACAAAGAAUGGUUCUACGUAAAUCUUCACACCAAACAAUCUCAAUGGGAUAAGCCGACAGAGCCUGCCCUCCCUCCCCCUCCCCCACCAGCAGAAGACGGGCACCCGGGCGGCCCUCCUCCGGGUUACGCCCCGCGCCCCGGCGAUCACCCGACGCCGCCGGUCGACCAAAAGCACAACCCCUACGACCAAAAGGGCAACCCCUACGAGAACCAGUCCUCGACCCCGCAGCCGCCCGGCGCAGGCGGCUCCAACACAAUGUCCGAGGACGAGCGCCUAGCCCGCCAGCUCCAGGCCGAGGAGGAAGCUCGCGCUCGUAGCGGCGGCGGCGGCGGCAGCCACUCCCCUAUGCCGCCGGGCUACAACCUCCAGCAGCAGCAACACCAGCAGUCGCAGUCGCCGUUCCCCGACCAGCUCCCGCCCCGCGCGCAAGAGACAAGGGGAAAGAGCUCCGGCGGCUUCUUGGGCAAGCUGCUGGGCAAGGCCAAGACAGGCGGCAUGGGCAGCUCGAGCCACGCCCAGCCGCAGUACGGAGGGUACCCCCAGCAGCAAGGAUACGGCGGCUACCCGCCCCAGCAGCAGCAGUAUGGCGGUUACCCCCCUCAGCAGCAAUAUGGCGGCUAUCCGCCUCAGCAGGGUUACGGAGGAUACCCUCAGCAGCAGGGCUACGGCCGGGGCAUGGGUGGAAUGGGUGGAAUGGGCGGCGGUCGGAAAGCCGGCGGCGGCGGCAUGGGCAUGGCGGGCGGUCUUGCGCUCGGUGCCGGUGCCGGUCUGCUUGGUGGUGCCCUGAUUGCGGAUCACAUCAAUGAUGAGCAGCAGGAGGCGUACGCUGAUGGAUACAACGACGGACAGGACAAUGAUGAUUUCGGCGGUGGUGACGACUUUGGAGGUGACUUCUAA